AUGAAAAAUGGUGAGACAAAAAGUAAUGAAUGUCAAGAUGAUGAUGUACGUAUGGAAGUUAUGAAAAUGAAGGAGAACAUUUUAACGAGUAAACAAGAUUGCGAGGGGUUUAAAGGAGUGCUAAAUGAUCUAUUAGCAAGGAAUGCAACAGGUAUUAUCAUAUUUUCUGGUGGGUAUGGUUGUAAAAGCGAAACUACUUCUUCAAAUACUGUUGAACUGUAUUGUAUUGUUGAGAGGAGCUCUAGAAUUGUGCAACAAUUGGAGCAACCUUUGGUAUCGUCGGCAUUGUGUGUUCACGACAAUCGCAUCCUUGCUAUUGGUGGUGUCGAUGAUGAAGGUGACAGUGACAAGAUCAAGGUUUUGAAGAUGAGCCGACAUGUUUUGCAAUGCGCAAUAUUUGGAAAACUGCCUGUUAAAUUAUUUGGCCACGAUGUCGUUGUCCAUGAAGGAAAUUUAUAUGUAAUAGGCGGGUGUAAUUGGCACGAAAGGAGAACAUUGGACGAAAUCUAUCAGAUUGCUCUUACCCCACCUUUUACUGUCGAGCUGCUGACGAGAAUGCCCGAGCAAAGAAGACAUCACAGAGCAGAACUUGUUAAUGGAAAGCUGUUUAUCUUGGGCGGAGCAUCUACCGGACGUAGUAAAGAUGCCACUGACAGCGUUGUCGUUUACGAUUUUGGUGAGAAUGAGUUCAAGCCUUGUCCGUCGUUACCUCAGCCGGUUUCUCGUAUGUCCUCGGUUACUUCGGGUGAGAAUAUUAUCGUUAUCGGGGGCAUGGAUAUGAGAGGCCGUGCAGUCAAUGACGUCAUCACAUAUCACACGGUGACCGGGCGAUCUGAGAUGUUACCAUCCAUGCAGCACAAAAGGUACGGCAGCUCUGUCGUAAUCAUCGAUGACGUCAUUUUCGUGUUUGGCGGACGGAAUAAUGAGGAGGGAUAUCUCAACUCAGUGGAAACCUUCACCAUUGGUGGAAAUGGCUGGGAAGAACUGCCAGGAAUGAUAGAAGAAAGAUGUUGGGCAGCUGCUGUUGUUAAACCUUACAACUAUACAUUUCUCUAAGUCAUAGGCGUAUGAGGCGGAAGAAAAUUAUCGGAACAACGGAACAACAAAAAACGAUUAUUAACUCUUUUUAUAAAUUUCUACUGUAUUCGCGUUCCUGAUUGGUCAAAACCCUCCAAAUAAAUCUCAAUAUUCGGUUGAAUUUCACAUUUUCACCGGUUGUGACGUCAUAGCGAGGGAUAUUGAUUUUUUUGGAUCGAACUUCGAUUUUUCAUGCAUUUGUUGAAGAACGAUUUUUUUUGCAUCUUUGCACGUAAAACUAUUUAAAACGAUGAUGUUGUGACGCAAUUUUUCGCUCUUUUUAUUUAACUUCGAAAUUUCGAGAACGGAACAAUGUUGCGAAGUACAUUUGCGAAGCAUUUGUUGUUUUAACUAGGCCAUAGGCAACCCAGUCAAUGCGGCAACUCUCUCGAAAAAUAUAAUACAUAAAUUAACACCAUCGCUUGAA